GCGCCCGCAUCACGUGCCGGGUGCGGGCGUCACGUGGCCGGAAGAAGACUCGGGAGUCGGGAGGAAGGGGAAAAAACCAGCCCCCGGAGCGAGGGGGAGGGGCCGGGUGGCGCGGUGGGGUCUCGCUGGUCGCCCCCUCAGCCGACAGACCCGCCGGAGGAGAAGCGGCGGCAGCAGCAGCAGCAGCGGCGGGACGAGGCCCAGGCGCCCUCGCCAUGGGGUGCUGCUACAGCAGCGAGAACGAGUCCUCGGACCAGGGCGAGGAGUCCAAGCCCCUCCUGCCGCCGACCACCAGCCCACCCAACAAGUCCUUAAAUGGAACAGAGCCCAACUGCAAUAGCCUGCCUGCAGCCCGGACGGAUGAGCAGGCUCUGCUGUCGUCCAUCCUCGCCAAGACAGCCAUCAACAUCAUCGAUGUCUCAGCGGCGGAUUCCCAGGGCAUGGAGCAGCACGAGUACAUGGACAGAGCCAGGCAAUACAGCACCAGGCUGGCCAUGCUGAGCAACAACCUGAUGCACUGGAAGAAGCUCCUGCCGCUCCCGUCGCUGACGAGCCAGCCGCAUCAAGUGCUGGCCAGCGACCCUGUGCCCUUUGCAGACUUGCAGCAGGUUUCCCGGAUAGCAGCCUACGCCUACAGUGCCCUCUCCCAAAUCCGAGUGGAUGCGAAAGAAGAACUGGUUGUACAGUUUGGGAUCCCGUGAUGCCAAUCUCCACUCUAUCUUUUUCUUUUCCCCACUUUAUUUCUUUACUGUCCCCGAUUGGCUUGUCACCGCAGUGGAACUUGUACAGAUACGGCGCACCAAAUUUCCUACUACUACUAUUACUUAUGACAGAGACAGCAGCUUGUGGACAGUCGCGGCUGAUCCUGCUCGCCGGCUCUCCCUCUCCCCUUGGCUCUCGCUACCUGGGGGUGCAUGUUUGGGCAGGCCAGUGCGUGCAGGGUUGGAGGAGACCCCAGAAUACGGAGCUUGCUUAGUUCAGUUCAGCUCAGCUGGUAAGAGGUGGGAAUCUGGCACCACGGUGGCCGCCAGAGUGAAGCAUGAGGCACGGGAAGGUCCUGGGAGAAGGCGGCAGGGGGUGGAGAACAGCUUCCUGGUGACUUGUGUGUGUGUGGGGGGGAGGGGGUCAGGGUGGCUUGCAGUACUCACCUUUGCCUGAUGAGACAGUGCCGACUGCUUUGGGGUGGAGGGCGGUGGCGGAGUAGGAAGAAAACCAGUUAGAAUAUAUAGGCGACUGCUGGACACUUUCCACUGGGUUUCUUUGGAUCGUGUUCCCUCUUCGGCCAUCAUGUUUGGGUUUUUUAGUAUUGGGGCUUGGUAGGGGUGAAUGGGAUUUCUCUCUUUUUAAAGAAGGAGCAGCGUGAUAGCUGAAGAGCAACUGGGUGCCCGGGCUCUCCUUGAUGUCUAACCCUCUGCCCUGUUUUACAUGGCUGGACUGUCAUUUUGUUUUAAUUUUUGUUUUUGUUUUUUGCUAAAGUAGAUAAAAUACAAAUACAUUCACUCACUCAA